AAGGGCCCUUGAAAUACAGAAAGAGGGUGUAUGCAUGUGGCAUGCACUUUGCUUACUGAGAAACAAUUCAAGGGGAGAAUUUGACAGAGUUUGAACAAAGCUUCUGAAUGGCUACUGAACAAGACUCAGAUGCUCAAAAGAAGCUAGCCAGGGACUUAUGGCAGGCUGUAGUCAAUGAUGACGUCACCAAAGUUAGGUCCCUGUUGGGACAGGGGGCAGACCCCAACCACCAGCUCUACUGGAGUGACGAGUGGGGGGUUAAGGAUCCUCCAUUACACGAGGCUUGCUGGGAGGGCUACCUUGAGAUUGUGAAGACACUUGUUACUCAUGGAGCUCGUACUGAUAAAGGUGAUGGGAGGUACAACAAGACUCCACUUCACUAUGCAUGCGAGGGAGGUCAUAAAGAGGUGGUGCAGUACUUGAAGGAGGUCGGGUGCAGCGCUGAUGUGAGGGAUGAUGAUAACGAGACUCCUCUUCACUCUGCUUGUUAUGGAGGAAGUAAAGACACGGUACAGUAUCUGGUGGAGGAGCUGAAGAUGAAUGUUGAUGUGAGGGACAGGUGGGACCGAACACCACUGUACAUGGCUUGUGUGGGAGGACAUAUACAACUAGUGAAAUACCUAGUUGAGGAACUAAAGUGGGAUGUUGAUGUGACUGAUGAUGCUGGCGAGACUCCUCUUGACUGGGCAGUGGAGUAUGGUCAGACUAAAGUUGCUGACUAUCUCAAACCUCUAGUCUCCACUCCUGAACCAGAUACUCCAAAUGGUUCCGAACAACUUCCUUCAACUUCUUCCAAGGAUGAUCCUAACCUAACCUCAUCAAUCGAUAUUCAAAACCAAACCUACUUGAAGAAACUGGACGAGCUGAUGACCGACAAAAACAACACUAUCGAGCUACACUAUCUCAAGACGCACUUCAUUGGUCCCUCGGGUCUUGGCAAAACGACCACUCGACAGCGGCUUGUUGGAUCCAUCACUAACCUGUCUUUGCUGCCCGAAGAUCAAAGGAAACGUUGCAGUACAUUACUAGCCGAGUGUGAACAAGUAUUGGCCUUUGUGGAUAAAUCUGGAACAAAGCUUGAAUUCAAAGCAUCUUCAAGUCUAGAGGAAGAAACACAGUUUAUCUUCUCUUACCUUAUGUCCUGUGAAUCUAUUGAAGAAACACCUAAGAAACAGCCUACUAAAGAAACCACUGACCCAAAAAAUCAAACUACUGUACCCAAAGAAACGGUAUCACCAACUGAUCAGCCAACACCAGAAUUACCGGAAAAGGUCGUGAAAGUGACGACUGUAGAUGUUGGAAAGGUUGUCUCGAGACUCCGGAGUAUUGUGGGUUCAGGAGAGUACACUAAAGAGCUGCUGAACAAAGUCCUACUCAAUCUGGUCGAUAUAGGUGGGCAGCCUGGAUUCGUGGAGAUGUUUCCAUUUCUAAGCAAAGGCGCAGGGAUUUUCCUGGUAUUCUUUCGACUGGACAAAGACCUUGAUGACAUGUGUCAAGUCUCCUACGAACGAGGAAAUGACAAGAUCACACCGUACGAUUCAACGUACACAAGCACAGAAACACUCUCUCAAAUCCUCUCAGCUAUCAGCCACCAUACCAAGAUUGACUCGGAUAUUGACAGAGAGCAGUGUAGUAAACUGGGCAAUCUAGGCUCUGCUAAGCCUGUUGCUACCCUCAUAGGUACUUUCAAGGAUGAACUGACAAUGCAAAUCAAAGUCGAUCUUCUGUACGAGAAAUAUUGUCACUCAGCUAUCUACAAGAGCAAUAGUACCACUGCCAGCAAGAGCGAUAGCACCACUGCCAACAAAAGCGAUAGUACCACUGCCUGCGAGAGCGAUGGCACCACUGCCAGCAAGAGCGAUGGGACCACUGCCAGCAAGAGCGAUGGCACCACUGCCAGCAAGAGCGAUGGCACCACUGCCAGCAAGAGCGAUACCACCACUGCCAGCGAGAGCGAUGGCACCACUGCCAGCGAGAGCGAUGGCACCACUGCCAGCGAGAGCGAUACCACCACUGCCAGCAAGAGCGAUGGCACCACUCCCAGCAAGAGCGAUGGCACCACUGCCAGCGAGAGCGAUACCACUACUGCCAGCAAGAGCGAUGGCACCACUGCCAGCAAGAGCACUGCCAGCGAGAGCGAUAGUACCACUGCCAGCGAGAGCGAUACCACCACUGCCAGCAAGAGCGAUACCACCACUGCCAGCAAGAGCGAUAGCACCACUGCCAGCGAGAGCCUAAAAGAAAACAAACAAAAGAAAGCAAUUCGGAACAUUUUGACUCAACAGAAGCAUGCUAACGUCAGUGCAGAAGACAUGGCUGCCAUUGAGCAAACAGUCAGCCAACACCUCAACUCAGACACUUUCAAGAAAGAUGUCCAAGACCGUUUAGAGCAAAAGUUGACAGAGAAAAACGAAGCCUUGACCAAGAUUACCAGCAAGUUUGAGGAUUUACUUUCUCACCCAAAAGACAAGAAGUUCAUAGCAGUGGACAACUACGAAGGCACUGAUUCUGAUAUGGAACCUCUUCGUGAACAUCUUCAUGGCUUAUUCAGUAGCUAUUUCAAAGAUGCCAAGCUUCGAAUUCGCCCACAACAGCUUUUGUUUGGAGUUGUACUGAGAAAAGAGUUUGACAUUGUGUCUAUGGAAGAUUGCAUUCGUAUCGGUACCGAGGGAUUAAAGAUGAGAGAGAAGGAGGUUCGAUUCACCGUUUGGUACCUGGAUCGGUACGUUGGAGCUUUGAUCUAUCAUCCAGAGAUCAAGGACAAAGAUGGUUGGUUUGGGAACUUUGUCAUUUGCAACCCCCAAGUGGUAUUCAACAGCCUCAGUGUUCUCGUUGUCAAUCCGCUGCUGGAGCUCCAUUCUGAAGACAGCCGUAUUCAGUUUAAGGAAGCUGAGAGAAGGAAUUGGAUACUCAAGGGACAAUUCUCACUGAAAACAAUCACUCGAUGCCAUUCCGAUGUAAACCAGGGUGUGAAGAAAGACCAGUUGAUUCCUGUUGAGAAGCUGCUCAUACUACUCGAGCAUUCCCACCUCUUGGCCAAGAUCACAACAGUGAAGGAAGACCAUAGCACAGAAGAGGUCGAAACGACGUAUUUCAUCCCCGCUAUUCUCAAGUGUGCAUCUCGCGAGGAACUAACGAAACCACCACCCACUGGUAUUGAUACACCCUCUCCAAUCAAGAUCACAUUUAAACCUCAGUACGUUCCCAUUGGAGUAUUCUGUGCCAUGAUCAGUGAAUUGGUCUCAAGGGGGAGUAAAGGCAAAGGCAUUCUGGGCAUGACUUGGAAACUUGCCACUGAUACCUCAGUAAAGAGAAACCUCGUCUCCUUUCACAUUGACGAAUCUGCCAAGCAUUUUGUUACCCUGAUUGCUUAUGUCGAUAGCUACGAGGUACGGAUUAUUCGACAGAAUCGAAAGUACACGAUGCACGAGCUUUGUUCCUACGUCCUCUCAACCCUCCUGUUGGUGAUAAAGGAUAUUAGUCCACUGCUCACUCCGAUUAUUGCCUUCGACUGCUACUGUGGCAAACACGGAGAUGCCACGAAACUGUGUGUCCUCACACCUGGAGUGUAUCCCAGCUUUAACUGCACCAGUGAAGUCUCUCUGAGUCCUCACCAAGAAUGCUGGUUUGCAAAAGAAGUCUGUCUGGGAAAGGAUGUUUCUCUCAAGGCUCUGCCCUUUGCCUCUAAGCGAGAGUUGAAGGACAAGAACCUCACCUUCGAGUGGAGCAAGAGAAGUCCUGAAAUUGAUGAGGAUGAACACAAAUUGGAAUUCAAGGCCUCGUCAAGGGAUCACUUCAAAGGCUUUAUCAGUUGUGAGAUCUCCAAGAACCAGAAGCCUUUCUUCACCGUGUACCACUGCCUCAAAGAGAAUGAUGAAGACACCUCCAGCUCUGAAACUGAUCAGCUGUUUACAGAUGUGAAGGAAGUGAUCAAAGAGAUACGCUCUGACUGGUACAGCCUGGCUAUAGAACUGGACAUUGACUAUGCAACUAGGAAGAGUCUUGAGAAGGACUAUCGCUGGGUUGAGCCAUGCUUUGAGGCCAUGCUGACACACUGGGUGAAGCGCUCCUCUCCUCCCCCCUCCUGGUCUGCCCUUGUUAGAGCACUAGAGUCUUCCGCCAUUGCUCGUGGGGACAUUGCAACAACCAUUAAGACAAAAGCUACCAGCGACAUCUCUCCUGAUAUUUGUCCUCUCACUGACUGUGAGGGACUGAGUGUGGAUCAUCAUUUGAGGGUAGUGAGGACAGCUGCCUGGGAGGUGAGGGGGACAUGGCGUCCUCUGGGAGAGCAGUUGGGUGUCAAUGAGGGGACACUAGAUGCCAUCAAGAGGGACUGUCCGAAUGAGUGUGAUGACUGUUUCACUAAACUACUGGAGCAAUGGUUGACAGGAUCCACCCCCGCCCCCACACUAGGAGCACUCAUCCAUGCACUCAAGUCUCCUGUCAUUAGUCGUGGAGACAUUGCCCAACAGAUGGAGUCUAAACUAACCAAGCUAGCUUCACAGUAACAGCUCCACUGACUCCAUAUCAUGAUAGUGACUCGUACAUCUUUUAUUGAUCAGAAAUAUUUUUAUGCUUUGUUUUGCUGGUUCCCACUCUUGCUACGAUUUUUGAAUAAUAAUAAUCCAGUCCAUCA